AAAUUAAAUUUUUGUAUUUAUCAAAUCAAGUUUAUUUUUAAAUCGACAAGGUCUAGGGGGCCCUGUCUUUGAUAACACUUGCUAAAGAUUAUCGGUGCACAUCGAUCGGUAGUAAAUGCGAUUGAGAUUAGCAUAGGUAGUUCUCAGUUGGCUCAGUUGGAUCUCGGCCAUGAUCUUGACCACCACUUUCCUGUGCUUCUGCCUGGCCUCGGCCUUUAAUUAUUUCAGGACCCGGAGGCAGAGGUUGCUGAUCAAGAAUCUCAAAGGACCCAUCACUUGGCCGCUAAUGGGAUCGAUUCAGAAACUGUUGUUCCUGAACCCAAAAAAUUUCUUCAAGCAAAGCAAGGACUAUCUGACGAAGUUUGGGCUCUUCAGUCGUUGCUGGAUUUUCCACCGCCUCUUCAUUCCAGUGGCAGAUCUUGAACUCACCAGACAGCUUUUGGAAAAUGAAACUAGUUUGGAAACAGGCUGUGAACUGAUGAAGGAUUGGCUGAAGGACGGUAUUCUCAUGUGCCAACAGGAUAAGUGGCAGCACCGUCAUGGCCUUAUUAGUCGGCUUUUCAUAAAUGAAAAUAUGGAACGCUUGACGGAUUUGUGUCGCCAGGAGGCGGAAGCACUGCUUCCUAAACUUUCAGAACGGGCAGAUGAAGAGGUUUUCGACAUUCGGGAGAUUAUAUCUCCAAGUAUUUUAAACCUAAUAGUACGAGUGACAUGUGGAGUAAGCCCCAGUGAUAAUUAUGCCAAAGCUCUAAACGAUCUAACAGAGCUUUAUAGAAAGCGUUUUCUAAGUCUGCAGUCUGCCAAUCGUUUUAACUAUUGGCUAAGUUGCCCUUUUAUGAGGAGAAGACAAAAUAAACUCAUCAAAAUCUUGAACCAAGAACACAAGGACUUGAUAUCAAGGCACAGGCAAGAACAGUUGAAGAAGGUCAAUGGCUUGGAAGGUAAUCCUUCGGAACCAUUGCCUCAAAUUUGGCAUGAGUCACUCUUAAGGAUUCUUCUGGAAAGUCAAGAUCCCCAGCUGACGGAUGAAGAAAUUUGUGCAGAAUUGAAUACCUGCAACUAUUUUGGGUAUAUGCUUUGCAGUGCGGCUCUAUGUUUCGCCCUUGUUUCGAUUGCCAGAAAUCCUACAGUGCAGCAAGGCUCCCAGGAGGAGCUUCAGAAAUGUAAAAUAGACCAUAAGAAAUGGCAGUUGGAAAAACUUUCUUACCUAGAGGCUGUGCUACAAGAAACUCUGAGACUCUAUCCACCUCAAGUUAUUCUUCAGCGCCAGUUGAAAGAGGACUUUCCUUACACCCAUAGCGUGGUGGGCGAUGCUGUGUUGCCCCAUGGAGCUGAGAUUUACGUAAACCUCCAUGAAAUGCAACGCAUUGAAAAUCGCUAUCCGACACCAAAUAAUUUCCAACCCGAUAGAUUUUUGAACAAUUCUACGGAACUUCUCAGUUUCGGGAUGGGACCACGCAGUUGUCCUGCCAAGAAGUUCACUUUUAAUUUGUUGAAAGCCUUUUUAGCUCCUUUGGUGACAAAUUUUGAACUUCUUCCCUAUGGAAAUGAAUUACGUUUGAGUCUUCGCCUUGUAUUGGGUUCAUCCAAUGGUUUUCAAUUAGCUUUAAAAGAGAGAAAGUAAUAAAAAUAUUCUAAAUACA